UACCCAUCUUCCCCUGUUUUCUCUUUCUUUCUUUCAUGUCUUAUUCCUCUGUUCUAUCCCUCUGGCUUUCCGGCGAGUUUUUGCCGGAAUUUCGAGAUUUUGGAAUUCCGACAACUGGGUUUUUCUUCAACGGCUAGUAGUUUACGUGGGCGGGAAAAGAAUUUCGAAAAUAUUCCCUUUUUGCCCUUCGAUUUCCUUGUUCUUACGUCUUCGUUUAUGGAGGUCUUAUGCAAGAACAUCGGCUUACAAUCGAAUCCGUCAGUUGGGUUCUUACCAAUCUGAUAGGUGGAUAACCGCCGUUGAAAAGGAAUAAGGUUUGACGGUGGCGAUUUCGUUUUACGAUGGCGAAGGCGACGGAAGGUGGGACCGGUGAGAUCGAGCAGCUCUCGCCGCAGAUCAAUGGAUACCCGAGAGAUCUGCUGCGGAGAUUUGUGGCGGAAUAUAGAUGUGAUGAUGAAUCCCUGGCUGUUGUCGAUUCGAGCGAGAUUGAGCUGAACCUCGGGCUCUCGUUGGGUGGCUGCUUUGGGGUGGACCCGAGAGAGAAGCGGUUGGUGCGAUCGUCGUCGAUCGCCGGGCUUGAGAUGAGGGACCUCAAUGCAAUCCCGUUGACGGCGGUGGGUACUGGGCUGAUUAGGACGUGCUCGCUGCCAGCAGAGACGGAGGAGGAGCGGCGGAAGCGGAAGGAGAUGCAGUCGCUGCGGCGAAUGGAGGCGAAACGGAAGAGAUCUGAGAAGCAGAGGAAUUCACGUGCGGGGAAAGAUCGAGCAUCUCUGGAGAGGAAUUGUGAGGAAGACAAGCGUGCAGAAGAUGAAGGCUCGUUUGCUUUGUCAUUGAAAGGGAAGGUUUUGGGCAGCGGCGGAGGUUGCCCGGGGUAUUCGGGCAGCGCAUUGGCAAACGGGCUUUCUUCAUCCACAGCAGCAACACAGCCUUUCGGGCUGCCAGCAUGGGCUGCUACCCCGGCACGUGGGAUUGAUACGACAGAUGGGAAGAGUAGUGUUUUUGCUUCUGGGGUUGCUUUGCGGGGACUUCCGCCAUCGUCACAAGGGUCUCUUGGCUCACAAGGGAGUAGCUCGUCUGGACUGUCCGACUUCGGUAACCGAUCCGUUCAAGGAUCGAGCAGUUGCUUGGAGUCGAGGAGCCCCACAAGCGUCCAAUCAUUGCCAGAGCAGGUCGAGCACAAGGUGAUUGUGACCCCCACGCUGAUGCCAGCAGCCGAGAAAUCCAUCAAGCUGGCUCCCGCGGAGGAGGUGGACAACCCAUCUAAGAGGGCAGAUGUGGGGGACGAUGGUGGGGUGCGGGAGAUGGGGAGGAAUAUGAUAGAAGAGAUGCCGUGUGUCUCCACAAGGGGAGAUGGGCCCAAUGGGAAGAAGAUUGAAGGGUUCCUAUACAAGUAUAGGAAGGGAGAGGAGGUGAGGAUAGUUUGUGUGUGCCAUGGCAGUUUCCUCUCUCCAGCUGAGUUUGUGAAGCAUGCUGGGGGUGGUGAUGUUGCUCACCCUCUAAGGCACAUAGUCGUCAACCCAUCUUCCUCUUCCUUUUCGUGACAGUGGUGGCUUUUCAAUCACUUCCCGGCCCCUCGUCUUCUUAUAAAAAAUGAAAAGUAGAAAGAUAAGGGGGUCUUCUUUU